AGAGAUCGAUAGGACGACCGCCAUUACUAAAGACAGUCACAAAAUCUAAUGAUGGACCCCCGUACCAGAGCCCAGGAAUUGAUGCGAUGUGACCUGUGUGAGACCGCUGUGGUACAGAUGCACUGUGAUACAUGUCUUGUCAACCUGUGUAAGGCUUGCGUGGGAGAACACAUCUCAACAGGUGAAUCUAAAGAUCACAAGGUAGUCAAAUUUCAAGACAGGAAAUCUACCCCCCUCUACCCUGAAUGUUCAACUCAUAGCAAAGAACGAUGUAAAAUGUACUGUAAACAAUGUGACAUUCCUGUCUGCAUCAGUUGCAUUGAAUCUAAUCAACAUUUAGGUCAUGAAUUGUCUAGAAUCUUGCGAGUUUUUGAUGAACAGAAGGACAUUUUUAUAAAAGAAAGAAAUGAAUUAAAUGACACAAUUUAUCUAACCUACCAGGACAUUGCCUCUGAUGUACAAAACAGAAUGAGUCGGUUAGAAAAGGAAUAUAGAGAUCUCUCAACAGCCAUAACAAAACAUGGAGAGGACUGGCACAGAGAAAUUGACAAACUUGUCAAGAAACUUAAAUCUGAAGUUGAUGAGAUGAAAAACACACAGUUACAAACUCUACAGAAACAUCUGGAUGAAUUAAACAAGACAAUGUCUGACAUCAAGGAUGAAAUCAAUUCAACUGACGUCACUUUAGACACUAACGACUUGUCAAAACUCUUUACUAUAACAUUCAAUGUACAAAGAUACAGAAAUCUUCCACCCAAAAUUCUGCUAUCUUUUCCCAAAUUCAUUCCAGCACAAAUUCAAGGAGAAGAAUUAAAAAAAUUAUUUGGAUCCUUAUCAUCAAGUUCUUUUACUUCAGAUAAACAUAGCUACAGCAUGAAGUCACCACAGAAAUCACCAGAAGCUGGAUCCUCUCCUCCAGUAAAUCAGCUGCUUGAUGAACCACAGACUGUAACCACCCUACACACUGGGUAUGGACGACUUUACAAAGUGGCCUGUCUGAGUGAUGAAGAAAUCUGGACAAGAGGAGAUGACAACACCAUGAAACUCUACAGCAUCAAUCAGGGAUCACUACUCAAGUCCAUCACACCAAAGUCACGGAACAUACCAUCUGACAUAGCAGUGACAAAAAGCGGUGAUCUAGUUUAUACUGAUUACGAUGUUAGAACUGUGAACAUUGUGAAGAAUGAGAAGAUAGAGGAGGUGAUCAGACUACAGAAUUGGAAACCUCGCGGUGUCUGUAGUACCUCCUCUGAUGAUCUCCUGGUUAUCAUGUUCAGUUGUAAAAAACAAACAAAAGUUGUCCGUUACUCUGGCUCCUCAGAGAAACAAACCAUUCAGUUUGAUGAUGAAGGUAAAUCUCUCUAUUUACCUAGUCGGUUUAACACAUACUACAUAACAGAGAACAGGAACCUGGAUAUCUGUGUUACUGACUGUGGAGCUAAAGCAGUAGUGGUGGUCAAUCAGGCCGGGAAACUGAGAUUCAGGUACACUGGACAUGCCCCUGCUCAAAAGAACCGAUCAUUCUAUCCACGAGGAACCACCACAGACAGUCAGAGUCACAUCCUUACAGCUGAUCCCAACAAUAACUGUGUCCACAUCAUAGACCAGGAUGGACAGUUCCUCCGUUACAUACACUCUGGACUGAGUGAUCCCUGGGGACUGUGUACAGAUAUACAUGACAAUCUGUUUGUUGCUCAAUUGAGUAAAGUGGAGAAAAUCAAAUAUCUGCAGUGAAAAGCAUCACUGCAUUGUAUUCUAAUUAAAUUAAAGAUAUAUGAAAUAUUACUGAUAUCCAAAUAUACUGCACU